AUGUUGGCCAAAUCCACGCACGUCUUCGCUCAGCACGGCGGGGUUAACCUCGAGUGUGACGUCUACGAGGACGCCGACUCUUACCCACCUGAUUCCCCUGUAUUUCUCUUCUUCCACGCCGGGGGUCUAGUUGGGUGGGCACGAGAGCACAUUCCCCCCUGGCUUGUGCAGGUGUGUUACCAGAAGAAAUGGCCUCUCAUCAGCGCAGACUACAGGUUUCUUCCCCAGGCGAAAGCAGAGGGCCUCUUGGAGGAUAUCAGCGCAGCAUACUACUUUGCAUGGACUUGGAGAUCAGACUCUAGACGGGUUAUAGUGGGUGGUGCAAGUGCUGGCUUCUUCCUGGCAACUCUCACAGCCCACCACCUCACGCCCAAACCCCUCGCCCUCCUCUCCAUAACAGGCAUCUCCACCUUCCAACACCCCUUCUUCUCCUCCUCCACUCUCCUCACCCCCAAGCCCCUCACCGAUGAAAACAUGGCCCCCCACCUAAACAUGGACGGCCCCAUCGCCACCCGUACCGCAGCGGGACCGACGCCCUUCGUCCUCGAGCGAUUAACCUCCUCCGGAGCAAAGAACACAGACUACGUCCCCCCCAAGCCGGAAGAUGAAGACGCCAGAAACGGCCCCGGUUACUCCCGCGGCAUGCUCUACGACUACUAUCUCUACCAUAAUAAGUUCCCCGUGCUCGUUGGUUCCAUCGACCCUGGCUACGGGCCCGUGUUCGUCGAGUCUGGGGAGGAAAAGAAGUUAGCGCCGGGGAAGGAGGACUGGCCGCCGACGGUGAUUAUUCAUGGUGAUGAUGAUUACGAUGUCAGUAUGGAUGUGAGCGAGCACAUGGUUAAUGCGCUGGGAGAGGAGAGGGUGAGUUUGUUCCUUGCGGGGGGACAGGGGCAUUUGUUUGAGAGGGAGUGGUUCUUGGAGGAUGAGGAGGAUGCGAUGGGGGCUGUUAGAGACGCUGUGGAGCGUUUGGUAGCUAUCGUUCAGGGGACUUCAUGA